AUGCGCUUCCAGCUCGUUCACAUACUCUGCUUGCUCGGAACUGCCGAGGCACUCGCUAUCGGUGAUUACGAGAAGCGGCAUAGCAGUGGCGAGGAAUACGGCCUCGGCAAGGAUAUCGCUGCUCCCCUAGAGGCUCGCCGAGACAUUGAACUUGCGGCCGGCUUUGUGAGUCAAGGCGCGACUGCCACUCUCGCCAUCGUUUCCAUUGCCAACUACCUUGCUGUAUACAUCAAAGGCCAAUCCGAUGUCAACAGCUGCUCGGUGAUAUCUGGAAAUGUUGAUGGCGCUGCUUGGCAAUACUACGCGACGACGUCUGGCCCGAAAUGCGACACUACCUCGGAGACGAAGACGAUUGAGAACGCUGUGGAGCGCGAGCUCAAGUGGAUGCAGGAGAAUGGGUACGACUCGGCGUGCUUCAAGAUGGAUCAUGGGGGUACGUGGGAGGGACAUCUCAAGAUUGCAUUUAACGGCAAACCCAUCGCGUCGGACACACAAUGUAAUUCGUUAAAGUACAUUGAUCUUUGA